AGCAUGCCACAAGUGAAUGCUGUGAUUGAGAAUGUAAAGUAAUAGCAUGUUGGCAUUUGUUUCAUUAAUGCUUUCAGUCUGUCUACUUUGCUGGCUUUCCCUUUUGUGUGUGGAUGUACAUAAUCCAGUCUGCUAGGAAGAUUGCUUUAGAAAGGUCAUGAGUUACUGCUUUUGACCUUGUUUGGAGGGAGUGUCUAAAUGAACUAUUGGAAGCACAUGAGAAAAUAAGUUUGCUUUAAUUACUGCAUUUGCUUUCAGCUGCUGGAUAGAGACUCUAUAAUCACAGCCGUACCAAGUGCAAGGCAAUUUUCUCUCCUUUGCAUUUAUCAGUGUUUAAAAUUGCUAUACAUUUCCAUUUGAAAGAGAGAAAAAGUAAACAUUACCUUGAUAGGUGAAUUAGUCCAUGUGACGCAGAGGGUUUCAGAGCAGAUUAAGUAGGCAGAGACACUCGUCUCGAGCUCUGUCUGUUUGGGGUUUUCUUUAGUAGCAGAAAUUGUCCUGCACGUACCCUGUAUCCGGCUGAAUUGGAAACCUCGGGUGUAUUUUGGUUGCUUUGUCACUGCCUUUGCUGCUGUGCUGAAGAAUGUCUUUGCUCUCACCAGGAGAUGAAGAUGAACCAGAGCGUUUUGAUGGUCUUUCUCUCUUAUACUGGACUAUCAUGGGCCCUCAUGGAAUCAAUCGAGCUGUGCACCGCAUUUCUUUUUCUGACUGUCAAAAUGGAUUAGGAGUUAAAAUUAUUGGAGGUUAUCGGGCACAAACAGCAGAAGAUUAUGGGAUUUUCAUAAAGAGAAUUCUACCUGGAGGAGUUGCUGCUGUAGACAGCCGUUUGCUCACUGGCGACCUGAUUUUGGAUGUCAAUGGAGAAAACUUAAUUGGAGUAACCAAUGAAAGGGCUGUUGACAUCUUGCGAACAGCAUCAGCGUCUAACCACAUGUCUCUGCUGGUUGCUAGAGAUGAAGAAGCAAAGAAGGAAUUUCAUGACCUGAUGGAUAAGUACGGCUCUCACAGUGACAUCAACUCAGCCAGAAGUUCUCCAACCCAACCAUUAUCUGCAAAAUCUAAUGACAGCCCUUCUUCUGGGUCAUCCUCAAGGUCACAGAGCCCUCAGCUGCAUCCGAAGGAUAAUGUCACGACCAGCAGCAGAAAUAAUUAUGGCCCAGCACCAUUCCCAAAGCUUGCAAACGAUAGUGCAUUUCAAAUGAUCUCUGUUUGCAAAGGAACAAGCCUAGGUUUGAAUAUUGUAGGAGGAAUUAACAGAAAUGAAGGACCUUUGGUAUAUAUUCAAGAAGUUAUCCCUGGUGGUGAUUGUCACAAGGAUGGACGAUUGAAGCCAGGAGAUCAACUGGUAUCUAUAAACAAAGAGUCAAUGAUUGGUGUCUCCUAUGAAGAGGCAAAAAGUAUAAUCAACAGAACAAAGAUGAGGUCUGAAAGUUUUUGGGAGAUAGCUUUUAUUAGGCAAAAAAAUAUUCCCAGUUAUUCAGAGAGUCUGCAGCGUCCUUCCAGCCUCUUAACAUCUUCUAUAGCAUAUGGAGACCAACAGGCUGCACUACUUAGUUCUCUUGCAUCUCCUAAUGGGAAGCUUGUUUCCACAUUCAUUCCAAAUGUGAUCCAGACUGGAGUCAUGACAGGAGAGCAGUCUCCAAUUACUUCUCUAGACAGCAAUCCUACUGAUGUGUCUGCCACUGUUACUGCUCCCAGCCAGAAUGAUGAUUAUGAGCUGCAAGGAAGGAACUCCACUGUUCGUCUCAAAGCAGAAAAGCUGGAAAGGGCGUUGAAUUAUCUUGGGAUUCAGCCCACAGAUGAACAGCAGCAAGCCCUCAGGCAGCAACUUCAGAAAGACUCUAAAGGAACAGUGUCUUUUGGAGAUUUCAUUGAAGUUUCAAAGAAUCUGUGCUCUAUGCAAUUGAAUGCAACAGAUGAUGGCCAAAAAUCUCCAACACCUGGAGUCAAUGAAAUUACCAGCUUCCUGGAUUCACAGAUUGUAACCUCUGAUUCUUUGGAAGAUGAUGUGGAAAGACUUAAGAAAGAGAGAAAUGAUGCUUUAAAAGAAAUGAGUAAAUUAAAGGAAAAAUUAUCUGAAUCCAUGAAUUUAGAGAAACAGUUAACAGAGCAGCUACAGAUCGUCAAGCAAGAAGCCAAGGCAGCUGUAGAAGAGACAAGAGCCCUGCGAAGUAGGAUUCAUCUUGCAGAAGCCGCACAAAGGCAGGCUCGGGGAAUGGAAAUGGACUAUGAAGAAGUUAUUCACCUGUUGGAAGCUGAAAUUGUAGAGCUGAAGGCUCAGCUCACAGAUCAUUCUGGCCAAAAUAAAGAUAAUAUCCAAGACUUGAGAAAGAGAGUGACAGUGCUUGACUGCCAGCUGCGGAAAUCGGAAUCGGCUAGGAAGACCUUUGAGGUGGCUACUGAAAAAUUACUCCAGUUUGUGGAGAUCGUGCAUGAAGUACUGUCAGAUAACUCUACUCCCUCAACAGCUUUAAGUGACAGAACGUCAACAUUGUCUGCUAAAGCACUUCUCGCACGGUUGGGAAGGACUGGACCUACUGUCACAACAGCUCUUGCAGCAGAAGCCAGAGACCUUGCCAAGUCUGUCCGUGCCAUUUUGGAACUAGACUGUCUGCCUUACGGAUGGGAGGAAGCUUAUACAGCAGAUGGAAUCAAAUAUUUCAUCAACCACGUGACACAGACAACAUCAUGGAUCCAUCCCGUAACAAGCGCCCUAAGCUUGCUUUGCUCUGAGGAUGACGAUGAAGGAAUAAGAGAGCUUCCCAGGUCCAAGAGCUGAGGACAUCUGUUGACAUUGUUGUAGUUCGUGUAGUUCCAGUACACUAGUGAGAAGAUGCACACUUUCUGCAUACUUUCUAGCCUAAUGUUAAUAGUACUUGAUGAUGUUUCUCCCUUUUAAGUCAGAGGAAGUUCUGCCAUUUUUUAGCUGGGUUUAUUGAUGGGUGCUACAGAAGAUGCAGGCACUGCAGAAGUCUCCCUUCAGUCCUUAAUCUGUUACUGUUCAGUGUCUAGGGACCAGUCUUAUCUUACAGCCCAAUCCAGGCUUUUCAAGACAUCUCUGUUGGCUUAACUCCCCUGACCUGAAGUGUAAUUUUCACAGCUUUGACCAGCAUGAGAGUUAAGAUGGGACCACUGGUUGUAAUUUCACGUGCUGGAUUCCAGCAUGGUUGACUUGAAAGCUGC